AUCCUCAUUUUCAUUACUUCUCCUUAUAUAACAUAUCUCUCGCAAAAGCCCUAAGAAACACUAAAGAUAAACUUGUCUUUUUCUUGCCAAAGUCGUUCGAUCGAUAUAUAUUGAAGAUGAAGAUGGGAUCAAGUCAAAGAAUGGGAGGUUCAAAGAGAAGGGUAUCGAGUAAAGGACUUGGAGCUGUUCUUAAAGAACAGAGAGCUAAGCUUUACAUCAUCCGAAGAUGUGUCGUCAUGCUUCUCUGUUGGCACGACUGAUCUCUCUCUCUUUAUCAGAUUCAUCCACAAUUCGUUAUGUAUAAAGACAAGCUUUCGUGUGGUGGAGAGAGACGAAUCGUGAUGUACAUUGGAGCUUAACCGGGGAAGAUCGGGUUUGAUUAGAGGCGAGAUAUAGUGGAUGAAUCGGUUCAGGGUUUGAGAGUUGGUUUUGAUUAGACCUCUCCAUCGUUUAGCAAAUUCUUGUUCUUUUUGAGCAAAUAUGGAAAAUUCGAUGAAUUUAGUGGAGGAGAGGGCAGUAUUGUAAAUAUUAGCCUGCAUAAUAGAGAUAAGAGUUGACAAAAUUUUGUAAUGGCUUUUGGCUUUUUGUUCUAUGACAUUCGAAAUAUAAAUGAUUUACGCGUAAUGUAAAUAAUGGUCGUUACCUUAUACUCAA